AACAUUGCUUGUACAAUUUCAAGAACUUAUUGUCUUUUGAGCCAUUUGAUGCCGCGCUUUUUGGCGUGAGCUAUUUGCACAAGCGGUCUGUUUAGACACACAGACACGCACCUGCCUGGGCCAUGUAAAUUCGACUACAUCGCACUAAAUCUGCCACUUUGUAGAACUGAAUCGCCCAACCGCCACUUGAAUACCGGUGAACACACGAAGAUCCCUAGCAGCCACGGCAUGAUUCAGGGUACAAACUGUGCAUUGGUCGGCAAAUAGCCAUCGUCGCGGAAAAUCCGAGAAUCACCAUCAUAUGGCGACAGGGGAAAUAGACUGGACGACGAGAUAACAGCGACGGACAGCGCGAACCCAAAUUUGAACACAUCAAAGAGAGAUGAGCAAGGAAUCUUAUACCAUAUAUCAGAAAUAUUCCCACAUGGAACUAUUGUAGAGCUAGUCAAUUUGGAAAUCGCAAGAUUCCUGGAACGUUUCUGAGAAGUGAGAAUUUGGUGGAGUCGAGGACAAAAACCUACGAGCUUGCCUGGAUCAAGCAAGCACGAAAAAAACCUUCAGAAACUUGAAAGAACAUCGCAGAAAGGAUUCAUCAAGAAGGCAAUAGAAACAGGGGGAAAGAAAACAGCCGGAAUAAGGUCUGUUGGAGGCGUGGCGCCAUGGCAACCUCAUCAAACUUGACAUUCCGUGUCAUCUUCUCCAUCCUCAUCACUUCUGACGUCAUAGGGAAUACCCUCGGGGUGCUGACGGUCAUGCGCAGUAAGACCCUACGGACCACACCCACCUACCUCCUUCUCACCAACCUCUGCUGUGCCAACAUACUAGUCGGGGUAUUCUUCAUACCCACUGCUUACGUCAUCAAUGACGCAAUCACCUACCCGAACUCCUCUAUUGCUGCGGGAUUCCUGUGUAAAUUCGUGACGCAGUCCACGCUAUCAUGGACUGGGCUCCAGGCCGCUGUCUUCACCCUUGUGGUAAUAGCGUUUGAGAGAUACUUCGUGGUGGUUCAUCCACGCAGCGAAUACGGGAGGUUCACACGCCGCAAGCUGAACAUAGUGAUCGCGGGCUCGUGGCUCUAUGCUAUAGUUUUUGUACUUCCAGACUUUGUUACGCAAACGUAUGACGUCACACAAAGUAAAUGCACCAAUGAAUGGACGAUUACGUUCAAGACAUUUUACGCGACGCUCUGGCUCCUAAGCUGCGGUGUGUUGCCAUUGAUAAUCAUGGGAGUGCUGUUUAGCAAGAUCCACAGGAAAAUCUCACAAAGCUGGAAAACCGAGACCGCAAUAUCCCAGCGUGCACUUCUCACCGCCAGGAGACGCCUGAGUCACUCAGCACUGGUCGUCAUGGUGAUAUAUGCAGUGAGCUGGCUUCCCAACCUAGUAAUGUACCUAAUCGAUAACAUCAGUUCUACGUUUUCCGAGCAGGACGUGCUGUACCUGACAAGUCAUACCUUGCUCAUCCUCUACUCCACCGUCAUCCCAUUCGUGUACCUCGGCCUCGACGAGCAGUUCCAGGCCAGCUUUAAGGCUCUGUUCUCACGUGGGAAUGAGGUCAUGCCCAGUGCAGAGCUUGAAGGUCGUGACGAUGGUGUUGCUAAGGGCGUUACUAUGGCGACGUCUUUUGUAUUGACGGCUAGAGCAGACGCUGAAGCCCCAAGCUCUUAUGACAUCCCAAUAUGGGGCGCAGAUAUGGACGAGAAGUCGGACGAGAAGUCGGACGCGGAGAACAGCUAGGUGACGUCACCAGCCCAGCUGUUAUGAUAUACUGCAAGCUCUUGUGGACCACCCAGAGCCAGCAACAGCAGAUAUGUCUAGAUUAGAGGGGGUGGGGGGUUAUGAUCUUUCAUCUUUUCAUCUUUUUUCAAUACAAUGCCGGUUCCGGAAAGGCGGAAUAGCGCUAUUCCAGGGAUAACUUGGCUAUUCUAGUCAUUUGAUUGGUCAAGCACAACAUUUAAAUCCGCGCUAUCUUUAUGAUGAAAAGCAUGGCUGCGCCUUCAGAUUGACCAGCGGUUAAUUUUUUUUCAAAGAUGGCGGACGGAACUCGAAGAGUCUAAAGCUCAAACAAGAUAGGUCUGUUCUUCCUUGUGUUUGGUUUGGUUCAAUUCUAACACCCAUUACUAUAGAAAGAACAACCACUUUGCUGCUAGGUCGCUGCAUUUUGGUGUCACCGGAUUGUAUAAAUUAAUAACUUUUCAAUGUGUGAAGUUUGAAGCUUUAAUAUUUAUAAAGCUUCAUACUAAUAAGGAUUCGUAUUAGAAGGCCGUUUUGCUUUUUAGAAAAAAACGCGUGACUUGGUUUCUCGCUUCACCUACUUAAUCCCUUUUUUGUCUUAAGCUUAUGCUGUAUAAUAGCUUAAACAAUGCAUGCCAAUGUUACCAGAGCAAAAUCUCUAUCGAACUCAGUCGGACAAUGAUCCUUUGACUUGUUUUGGUUUGGCUCUGCAGCACGGGGGGUGCUCGCAAAAUCAAUUUUAACCCUAAGGGAUAGCACUAAGGGCGUGAUCAACAACAAAUUUUACCCCUAAGAGAUAGCACAUUGGGUCUGGUUGUAAAAUACUUUUCAAGCGACUGGGCCACCAUUUAGCGUGAGACACCCUAAAAGAUAGCAGAAUCGGAAAAAUCCUCUUCCCCAUGCAUGAAAACCCCUAAAAAAUGGCAGAAUCAGAAAAAUCCUAAAACACCUCCUAACAGAAGAAUUUUAUACCCUAAAAGAUAGGUUGAACACCCCCGUCUACUUUUCUGGAAAAUCCACCCCCAGGCUCUGCAAUCAAACUCAAAACGUUUCAUUGUUUUUGGUUGAAAUAAUUAUUGGUGAGUGAUUAUUACUGAACCUAAUUGAUCACUUGCCUUUUGGUUGAGUUUGAUUAUCAAACGAUUGAUGAGUUACCCUGGGAAUGCAUGCAAGCGAAGACAGGCGAUUGACAAGUUACCCUGGGAAUGCAUGCAAGCAAAGACAGGCGAUUGACAAGUUACCCUGGGAAUGCAUGCAAGCGUAGACAGGCGAUUGACAAGUUACCCUGGGAAUGCAUGCAAGCGAAGACAGGCGAUUGACAAGUUACCCUGGGAAUGCAUGCAAGCGAAGACAGGCGAUUGACAAGUUACCCUGGGAAUGCAUGCAAGCGUAGACAGGGGCAGAUCAAGGAGUUCCAAAAAGGGGGGUCUGAAGCAAGGGUUUCCAGGAAGGAGGGGCCAGAUUCACUGUUCUUCCAUGGAUUACCUUAUAUUUCUUGUUUUUUCUGAGCCAAAUACCUGAAAAUAGGGGGGGGGCACUCGGCCCAACCAUAGAUCCGCCCCUGUUAGAGUGUUGAUGCAAGCAAUGGAAAGCAAGUUAAAAAAUUGAAUGUUUGAGAUAUGUACUAUGUUGUUAUUAUAUAUGUUGAUCUUUGCAGAAAUUUUGCAUUUAUUUUGUACUGAAUAGUUUCUCUGAAUAGAGGUUUCUGGAAGUUUGUAACCAUGGCAGGGGCGGAUCUAGGGAGGGCCUAGGGGGCCCAGGUGAACAAUAAGUCCAGUCCCCCCUUUCUUUAUACUUUGCUUUCUUUUUACUUCUGGAUCCGCCCCUGCAUGGAAAGCGUGCGCAGGUUAUGGCAACCUAGAAAGAUAAUGCAGACAUUUUUUAAUAGCCUGUGUGUCAGCCCUUUUAUCGUUCCCUUUUGAAGUAUAUACUGAGAAGCGAAAAAAAAAUUUUUUUCCUCUCCAACUUUUGAAAAAUAAAAUUGCUCAAUACUGGGGCUAAUUUUUUCACUGUCAGUUAACUUGUGAAUUUGGUGAGUGAGAAGUUUUCAAACACUAAGGUUAGCCAAAGUUUAGUUUUCCUUGUGCUACAACCUUGAAUCUACUUAAAACACUAAGAUAAUUAAAAAGUCUUGGAAAACCA